AUGGCGUCUGCUUCUCUAGGAGACGAGCUGAGCUGCUCCAUCUGCUUGAACCUUUAUAAGGAGCCGGUGUCACUGAGAUGCGGACACAACUUCUGUCGGGAUUGUAUGGUGACUUCUCUGGAUACACAGGAGGGGUCCGGAGUUUAUUCCUGUCCGGAGUGCAGAGAGGAGUUUGCAGAGCGCCCCACUCUGGAGAAGAACAGGAAGCUGUGUAACAUAGUGGAGACUUUCCAAUCUACUGACCAGGAGAAGACGGAGGCCUUGUGUACGUACUGUGACCUCCCAGAACGAGCCGUUAAAAUGUGUCUCCAAUGUGAGUCCUCUUUUUGUGAAAGGCAUUUGCUUAAACACAAGAAAUUAGUUGGACAUAUCCUAGUUGAACCCGCCGUUACCCUGGAGGACAGAAAAUGCUCCAUACACAAGGAGAUCCUGAAAUAUUACUGCUCAGAAGACAUGGUCAGCGUCUGUGUGUCCUGCUGCCUGGCGGGUCAGCAUAGAGGACACCAGGUGCAGCUUCUGAAUGAGGCCUCGGAGAAGAAGAAAGAGAAGCUGAGGAAGCUUACAGAGAAGCUAGACGCUGAUGUACAGGAAACUGAUAAAAGCAUUCACAAUCUAAGCAACUACAGAAAAGAAGAGAAAGAAAAAGCAGCAGCAAUCGCUCAGAAGGUCAAUGGGGUGUUUGGAGACAUCAGGAGGCAACUGGAUGUUCUUGAGUGGAAAGUCUUGUGCGAGGUCUUCAAACAGGAGAAGCAGGUCGUCAAGUCGGUCUCAAGGCUGAUCCAACAGUUGGAGACACAGAAGAGUGAGAUAUCCAGCAAGAUCGAUCAGAUCAAAGAUCUGUGUGAUAUCGCAGACGCUUUUACUUUUCUGGGAAAAGAGCAAGAAAUGGACGACCUCAAACCUGGGAGAUGUGAGAUCAUCAGUGACAUGAUGGAUGCCGGUUACGUUGACGACACACCAAUCUUACAAAUGCUUCACAGGGGACUUCUACUCUUUGCCGAUGGCCUCACUGACCUGAAAAUAAAGAGGGAGUUCUCAGUGAUGGAUAAAGCAGACAUCUUAUUGGAUAUAAACACUGCUCAUAAUAACAUUGUUUUAUCAGAGAAUCUCAGGUCAGCUUCUUAUACGGAUAAGAGUCAGAAGAGACCCAACUGCCCAGAGAGGUUUUUGUGCUGCCAAGUGAUAAGUACACAAAGUUUCUCAUCGGGGAAACACUACUGGGAGGUGGACGUGAGUCAGGCCAAGAAGUGGCUCAUAGGGGUGGCUUCUAAAAGCUUGGAGAGGAAACAAAUGGGCAAAGAAACUUACAUAGGAUACAAUGCGAAAUCCUGGGGACUUUAUGAAAAUCAUUUUUUUAGAGCAUGCCACAAUAAUAUUCAUAAAAUCAAGGAGAGAAAGUCUCCAGUGGAGGCAAUCGGGAUCUAUAUGAAUUACGAAGCCGGGCUUUUGUCCUUCUACGAAAUUUGUGAACCCAACAGGCACCUCCACACCUUCACCGCCACCUUCACCGAACCCCUCCAUGCUGCUUUUUAUGUAUUUCCAGGUUCUAGCAUAAAAAUCAUCAACUAA